GAAAUAUAUUAACCUAUGUUUUUCAUUUUAAGAGGAAACGCGAACCUGACCCAUUUUGGGCCACUGUCUUCGGGUAUUCCAGGGUUUGUGGCAGGAACCUGGGAACUAAAAAAUAGACUAGGGAACCCAGAUAUAUCAUGGAGAAGUUUGCUUGAGCCUUCAAUAGAUCUUUGCUUUAACGGAAUUACAACAAACCAGCAUGCAGUGUUUUUUGGUCAUAAGGUAAAAGGAAGCAUGAAAAGGGAUCCUGGCCUAGUGGAUAUAUUUUUUAGCAAGAAAACUGGGGAUAUUAGAAAAGAAGGAGAGGUGUAUACAUUUCCUUUGCUAGGAAGAACCUUGGAGAGAAUUGCCUUAAAUGGAGCUAGUGAGCUAUAUGGGGGUUUGACUGGUGAACUACUAGCUAAAGAUAUAAAAGAUGCUGGUGGGAUAAUUACACUAAAGGACUUGAAGAAUUACAAGGUUGUGUGGGAUGAGCCGAUCUCUUUUAAGUUGAAGAAUAAGGGUUUGACCCUUGUAACAUCCCCUCCUCCUGGCAGUGGAGCGAUCACAGCUGCAAUCCUUGGUAUCAUGGAUCUUUUCAAUCCUGCUCCUAUUGAUCUUCACAAGGCCAAAACCUGGCAUAGGUUUGCUGAAGCUUCGAAGUUUGGUUUUGCGCGGAAAACUCAUUUAGCAGAUUGGAGCUUUAAAGCAACAAGCGACGGGCAUAAAAUAAGCCAUGAGGUUCACAGUUUAGUAGAGGAGCUAACCAGUGAAAACUGGAUUGAAAAUAUCAAAAAUGUUAUAGUUGACGACCAGACUUCUGGAGAUCCAGCACAUUAUGGAGCUUCCUAUAUUCCAACCGAAGAUCAUGGAACAUGUCAUAUGAAUUUCUUAGACCCUGAGGGGAAUGCAGUAUCAGUAACAGCUUCUAUCAAUCUCAUAUAUGGUUGUAAAUAUCUGUCAAGAAGUACAGGAAUCAUCAUGAAUAAUCAGAUGGACGACUUUGCCAGUCCAAAUAUAGUGAGUGCUUAUAAACUGCGCCCAUCUGAGAAUAACUUUAUCCACCCUGGUAAACGACCAAUGUCUUCUAUUAGUACAACUAUAGUACUAGAUAGUGAGGGUAGAGUCAUUGCAGUAGCUGGAGCCAGUGGAGGAACUAAAAUUAUAACCGCUGUUGCCCAGGUUUUGCUACGAACUCUUUAUCUUGGACAAAAUGUGAAAGAUGCUAUAGAUGCACCCAGAUUACAUCACCAGCUACUCCCAAUGGAAUUAUGGUAUGAGGAAGGGAAUUCCAGAUGGAUGCUGAAAGAGCUGACAUCUAUCGGGCACAAUCUAACCUAUUUUCCCACGGGGGGUUCUGCAGUACAAGCUAUUCUAGUGGAUCAAGAGACGGGGUUAACAACUGCCAAUGCGGAUUAUAGGAAGGGAGGCGGGGUAUACGGCUUCUAGUUCGGACAGUGGAAGAGAAGUUGGAGAAGGAGAUAGAGGGGAUGGAGGGGACAGAGGAGAUGGAGGGGACGGGGGAAAACGGAAUCAGACCAAAUUUAUUUGCUCAAUUUGACUUCUAAAAAAAUCCUUGAUCUUGAUUUUAUCAUAUUGACCGUUAAAAUAAUUUUUUAAUUACUUUUAAUUUGAUUUAAUUUCUAAAUUGUUCAGGUUUUUAUGUAUGCAAUUGAAGUAGAUUCUAAUACUUCUAAACCUACUAUGUACUUUUUUAUGUAUGCACUUAUUAUUAUGAACUUCAAAUAAAAUGUUUAAUCAAUAAACUUACCUUUUUUAAA